AUGAUCCCUUCUUUUUACUGGAUAGACCAUAGAGCGUCAUUAUCCUCGAUAUCGGUUGUCCACUGUCCAAUGGCGAAUGUGUUCAACACUUUCAGCUUCAACAAAUGGGCUGACUCGAAAAAAGAGGAAGAGAUUGAUAAGGAGAGCAAGAAACGAAGGACCGAGCAGAUAAAACGACUAAAGGAUCGCUUACGCAGAGAACGUGAACUUCGCGAAAAUGGUGUUGGAAACGGUGAUUUGGACCUGGAGGCUCUAAUAGAGGCUUUGCAAAGAGGAGAGGAGAUCAACGACGCUGCCGUAGAGGAAGAGCAGCCGAGAACACAUCAUCCAACAAGCUAUGGAGCUAUGGACGAUGAGGACAUUCUGGAAGAAAUUCGCAUAUUCCAGAAAUAUCAUACAGAACCUUCAACAGCGCCGGCUCCAACUCAACCUGAAAUUCAAUCAUGGAUUUACAAUAGACGCCUAAACGAGGCAUCUGUUAAGGAUGAUCAACGAGCAGGAACAGCAAUGAACGACGCAUCGUUCAAGUACAACCGCAUUGUCACUAAGAUGUCAAACUGA